UAACUAGUCACAUAUCAGCCACUUCAAGCCCUUUACUGUGAACUUACUGAAACUUCACCAUGCGUUUCUCCAUCAUCUCUGCCCUUACUGCCCUGAUCGCCGCUCCAUCCGUGCUCACGCAAGUCGGUGUUCAUUGUGGGACGACGGAAGACGCGACUCUAUCCGACUGCCAGGCCCUUGUUGACCCUGGAACAUGGAAUGGUGCAUGGGCGGGCACAUCCAAUGUUUGCCACUAUACCAACCCAAUCUCCCUCGAGAUAGAUGCCGUGGCUCACAACGUCGCAUGCCACGGCAAUUGUUGCGUGUACGUCGCGCGUUCCGAUAAUCCGGACAAAGAGCAGACCAGGACCGAAGCCCAAGGCCUUCUAGGAUGCGGCGACACGGGUGCCAACAAGAUCAAUGGUCUCGACUUCUUCGCGGACAGACAUGGUGUUUGCUUGAGCAACGGAAAUGGUUGCGGCGAUUGUUUUGAUGACUCCGACUUUGCCUAAAGGACGUUGGAGAAGCCAUACCCCUGACAAUUUUAGUUCCACGGAAUAUUACCUGGGAGUCGUU